GCUGUCUUCAUCGUGGUCGUCCACGUACUCCUGCCCGUCGCCAUGGGCCUCGCUGACUGAGCAGAUCGGCGGGCCUGGAUUGGCAAUGGUUUCAUGUACCCGCCGGCGCGGGCACACGGGGGCAGAGUGACGGGCGGCGGCCCUCCAAGAGGGCGCGGGCCUCUCAGAGUCCAAGAGGGGACUGGCUCCUCCUGAGGCCGUGCGGCCACGCACCUUCCAAGCCCCGUAGACACUUCGGCUCAGGCCUUUUUUUGCCUUCGCGCUCCCCGGCCUCGUCGUGGCAGUUCGCUUGCCCAGGCAGGCGCCGCGAUGCCGCUCCGACCGCGCGCGCUGCUGAGCCUGAUCCUCGCGCUGGGCCUGCAGGUGGCCCUGGCGCAUUCCGGCAGCCCGUCGAAUCAGUCGGCGACGCUGAACCUCACCACGCUGACCAUCAGCGACGCCAUCUCCGAGGCCGAGGCCUGGCAGAGCAGCCAGCAGUUGCAGUCGCAGUGCUGCGUGGCCACGGCGGAGCUGUGCUGCCCCGCGGGCACGGCCUGCCGCCCGCCCGGCGGGUGCGUCCCGCUGGCCGCGCCGGAGCCGGUGCCAGCGAGCGUCCAGGCCAUGGGCACGGAGCCAGAGCAGGCAGAGGGCUUCCACUCCGCGGUAGGCGCGGGCCCGCUGGGCACGAUGGUCGUCGCCGUCCUGGUGGUGUCCUGUGGGUGCCUGUGUCUGCUGGCCUGCUGCGCCAAGCAGCUGUGCGGCUGCAUGUUCGACCCGGGUCCCGACGGCGAGUGGAGCGGCGCCCAGAUGGGCAUGGCUGGUCUGGCUGGCGCAGCCGCUGGGUACGAGCUCGAGCAGAUGAUGGACGGCUACGGCGGCAGGCCCGGCUAUGGCGGGGGGUAUGGCGGCGGGCCUGGCUAUGGCGGCGGCUUCGGUGGGCCCGGUUGGUGAGGGCGCCGUCUGGUGGGCACGCCGGCGCCACGAGCGGAGAGCAGGCUCUUCCAACAUUGGGGGUCUGAAUCUUCUGGUCGGGCAUCUGGCGAGGGGGUCUGGUGCUGUUGCAUGACGAGGGCAUUCUAAACCCGAUUCCAGCUAAAGGUUGGCAAUCACCUGGCCCGAUUAAAGAUCGGUCGUGUUGCCCGCGCCCUGUGCCAGCACAGCCUGGCCAGAGUGCGGGGCUCAUUCUUGGCGUGCGCCGGGCAUUUCAGAGCGUGCGCGUCGCUUCGCAGGAAGCGUGGAAAAGGACCUUCCAAGAUGCGGGGGGGUAGCUUGCAAAGGCCGCCCCCCUGGGCGCGCCGCCAGCAGAUGGUUGCAGCUUCCCGCUUCGUGCGCGGAACAGGCGGCGCAGAGGCAGGAACAGGACUUUGGCGAGGAUGAGAGUGCGG